CUUGAAGAAAUUUUUGUGUGCCCUCCAAACUAGAGCAUGGAUUUCGCACAGUAUACGGUGAUCGAGCCUUCCGCUGGGACUAGUAGCCCCGAGGGCCGGCAACGCCCCAAAAAAGUGCACGAGGAGGCGAAUUCAGUUGCAUCUCCAGCGCAUUUCGUCGAACCGAAAGACGAUGUUGUGGAGGAGAAGAAAGUUGCAGUUGAAGCCACAAACUUUGACAACUCGGCGUGCUCCAGCAGGCGUCCAGGUGGGCGAAAAAGCGCUGCAAAGAACUCUAUACCUUCACCAGGUUUCACAGCUGUCAUGGAUAGAAUGUACGAGAAAACUGACCUGUUUGCCAAGCGAUGGGGAGAGCUGCUGAGCCUCAUUACUUCCGAGAAGGCUCACAGAUUGGCCACGAAAAUUAGAGAUUUUUACACCACUGUGGACCAGCAAGCGGACAAGAAGAGACAAAAACUGCAGGCCCCAGCCGCAAGCAGUUCAGUGGGUGAGAAAGGCACCUUCAAGGAUCUGCAAGGGAACCUGGCUCUGACUGCACGCAAGAUUUACGAAUGUGCCAAAGGUGUACCAGAUGAAGAGAAAUGUAGGGCUGCUGCAGAGUUUGUGGAAGAGGUAUUUAGCGAGUUCAAACGGACAGAUGUCGCUGUCAUGAUCUUUUUGCGAAGGUGCCUUCUUAGCGUGGAGUUUGCCUGUCCAAAACUCCGGAGUGACAGGGAAACAGUCAUGGCAGCCGUCCAACAAGAUGGCCUUGCACUACAAUUGGCUUCGGAGAAACUCCAGAACACCAAGGAAGUCGUGAUUGCAGCUGUGCGAAACAAUGGCCUUGCGCUGCAGUUUGCUUCAGAGGAACUCCAAAGUGACAGGGAGGUUGUGAUUGCAGCAGUCCAACAAGAUGGCCGUGCAUGCCUGUUUGCUUCAGAGGACGUACGGCGCGACAAGGAGCUAGCGAUGGUCACAGCUGAAAAAGGUGGCAUUUCCCAUCAGUUUGAAUGUAAAGAGCUCAACUACGACCGCCACUUCAAUGAUGUGUUGCAGUCCGCUGACGUGAGCCCUGCCAUAGUCGAUUUCUAUCGCACCCUCGAGGCCUUCAUCGAUGCCAACCAGACCCAUCUCAGCCAAUCGACCUCCUUGCUCGAGCUGCUGGACAAGUCUCACAAACUCCAGCAGGUGGUGGGGCUGCACCAGGCAAUGGAAAAGUUUGUCAGAGAAGGCGAUGUCUGGCUCUGGACGUUGAUCAAAGGCGGAGUGGACUUGAAUCAAGAGUACCGGCAUCCACAGCAGCCACAGCAUGAGAGACUCACACCUCUUCGUCAUGUAGUGGCUCUGAACUCUGGCAAACUGAUUACGGCGUUGUGCCAAGAAGAUGAUCUAUUUGGAGCAGACGGAGCGUGUUCAACUUUGGACUCUCCCGAUAUGGGCAAAGCUACCAAGGCAGAUGCUGUAUUUUUGGCUCUGGCCAAAUAUCCUGUGUGUCUCAGAGCUACAGAGAUGACUCCCGAAAUCAUCAAAGGAUUGGCAAAGGCCGGAGUUGACGUCAACUUCGCAGACAAGAGUGGGCGAACAGCUUUGCACUUCCAUGCAGUGGAAGGGCACCUGGAGGUGGUGAGGGCAUUGCUGGAGAACGAUGCCUGCCUGGAUCAAAGAGACUCAGAUGGCAAGACUCCCUUGGACCUAGCAACUGAAGCUGGAGCCCCGGAAGAGUUGUUAAAGCUUCUUGACUAUGUGGAGCUGCACAUCGGUCUUAAUGGACAGCCAAUCGCACUUCCUACAUCCCUUCUUGCAGAGCCUCCUGAUGUUGUUUCCUUCCUGAAGCAUUACGUGCGAAACAUGAAAUUCAAGAACGGCGAGAGAGUGUCGUACUUUACCAUUCGAGUAGCCAUAGGAGACAAGGUCGCAAAGAACAUCACAUCAUGGGAAGGUGCUGGGAAACCCAAGAUUAUUUUCGUGACAUUGGGCUGCAACUUCCGUGAAGACCGAGAGCGCGCCAAACAAUUCCUCAAGGCUGCUGUGCGACGGGGCGCUGAUGCGGACUACGAGCUUCGAGGCCACUUGGAGGAGUAUCAAGAUCCUGAUGCCCUUGAUCACGAAGGAGAGAGAGCAGAGACCGCAGCCUACAAAGCGGCGAGGAAUGGUGACGUGCGCAAACUCGAGUUGCUGUACUUGGCAUGUGCAAAUUUUGAUUUGCAGGACAGUGGUGGCGCGACGGCUCUGUUUAUCGCAAGCCAGAAUGGACACCUUGCUACAGUCCGAUUCUUGCUAGAUCACAGGGCUCAGGUUGACCUAGCAUUGCACACCAACGCAACCCCAUUGUACGUCUCAUGCCAAAACGGUCACCUACAGGUAGCUGAAAUACUUUUGGCCUUUGGAGCAGUCCCAAACUCGCAGACGGACGACGAGGCAACGCCCUUGUUCAUUGCUGCGCAGAUGGGCCAUUUUGGAAUUGUGAAGAAGCUCUUGGAGUUCAAUGGUGACAUCAAAUUAGCCAAUCGCACGAAAGCGACUCCACUAUUCAUUGCCGCCCAGAAUGAUCACGAUGACAUCGCCAUGUGUCUACUUCUUGCUGGUUCAGACAUCAACGCCUGCACCAAUGGUGGUGCAUCCCCAACCUAUAUUGCCGCGCAAAAAGGCUGCAUGAAAGUGCUGGCAUUGUUGAUGGAAGCGCCGGGAGUUGAUGCCAACCUCAGCGCCAAUGAUGGGGCAACACCGAUUCUGAUUGCAGCGCAGAAUGGACACCAAGAAGCUGUUCGCUUUCUAUUGAAGAAGAAAGUGGAUGUCACGAAGGCAAUGAAAAGCGGAGCAACUGCACUAUUUGUUGCAGCACAGAAUGGGUACCUGGAGGUUGUCCAAGACCUGGUUGCUGCCAACAAAUCCUUGGUAAACAUGUGCCUGCAGAAUGGAACAAGUCCACUGUAUGUUGCAGCUCAGAAUGGCCACCUUGACGUUGUGAAAUACCUGCAACAAGAAGGUGCCGACACCAGGGAGAAGUCAUGUGGCGGUGCAUCACCCUUCUUCAUUGCUGCACAAAACCGUCGUUUGCCCAUUUUGAUCUUCCUUCGGGAUGUCGAGCACAAGAGCCCGAGGCCAGACAUAGAAACCCAACUGACAGAGCAAACCGACGACGGAUCUGCGCCGCUGUUGGUGGCAGCGCAGAAUGGACAUUUCGACGUCGUUCAAUUCUUGACCAGUGAGCUGAAGAAACUGCCGGUGACUGAAGAGAGAAAGCAGCAGUUGAUCGACCACCAGAAGAAGGGCGGUGCAUCAGCACUGUACUUGGCCUCACAAAAUGGGCAUGAAUCAGUGGUGUAUCACUUGAUCCAACUGGGUGCAAGUGUGAAUCAAGCCUUAGACACAAAGGAGACCGCUUUGUUCAUUGCAAGCCAAGGUGGCCAUACACUAGUUGCACAGCACCUUCUUGAAGCACGUGGAGAUGUCAACCAGGGCAAGCAUGAUCAAACAACUCCUUUGUACAUAGCUUCCCAGAAUAAUCACACGGACACCUUCAGACUGUUGCUGCAUGAACGAGCCGAUCCUAAUGUACAAAACGCAAACGGCGCCACGCCCCUCUUUAUCAGCUCCCAGAAAGGGCACAAUGACAUUGUGAGGGAGCUGCUUGACACGAACGCCGAUCCCACGCUACCCAUUAAGAGCGGCGCAUGCCCUUUGUAUAUUGCAGCAAUGAAGGGCGAGUGUGAGGUGUGUAUUACCCUUUUGAAGUCUCGCCGUGCUGACGUUAAUCAAACUCCGGGGCAUGGGACCACUCCACUCCUCAUUUCGAUACGGAACCAUCAUGUGGAGGUGGCUGACUUGUUUCUGGAACAUCCUGAUGUGGAUGUGGACAAGGCAGAUUUGCAAGGCAACACACCGCUUCUCACAGCCAUCAAGGAGGACUUGCGGCAUUUGGUGGAGAAAUUGAUUUCCCGUUGUGCCAAAGUCGACCACGGCAUCUUUGAUGACGGCAUUGCGAUUCUACGAGGUCUUGCCAACGCCUUGGUCUCCAUUGCCCCAGCUUCUGCCAGGGCCUUGCAGAGGUCGGAGAUACCUCCCUCUGGGUAUCCACAUGCAUCAGAUGCUUCAGCCGAGUCACUUGAACAAUACAGGGAGUUCUUCAAGAAAACUUCUGAGGAGGCUAAGACUCUGUUGCAUCAGCUUCACAAGGUGGACGAGGGUCUUCGGAACUUGGCAAAUGAAAGCCUCUCUUCAGGUACAAAGCAGCAAGUGGAGCAGCUGCGCAAGCUGUUUCAGAAGGUCCCUGAUCCAGAUAAGGGCAGCUGGACUUGUGGUAACCUGAGCCUCGCGGAUCUCUUUCAGUCUGUGCACAAAGUAGUCAAGGCGUCUCAUUACAAUGACAGGCUUCUAGACCCUGGAGAAGCUCGUGAAAAGUUGCUGAUGGCAGGGUCACAGGUGCUUCAUGCAUGCAGCUUGAUGAGGGUCUACAUUGAGGCUGCAGAGAAGGUUUUCCUGCCAUUUCUGAAAAGAUGUAGUGGUCAUGGCUGCGGUACAGCUGAGAAGGACAGGAUGCAGCAGCUGAUCACGAAACAGAUCUGUGAGCUUCUUCAAGCGUCCAAGUUGGAAGGAGGACUUGAAACCCUGUUCAAGCCCAUGGGAACGGACUUCACAGCCAAGCCUGUGUGCCAGUCCAUUGGAACGGUGGACUCUGGAGCCAAACCUGUGUGCGAGUCACCCGGAGUGGAGGACUUCACACUCAAGCCUGGCAUGCCUGGAAGGCGAUCAGUGUACACAACAAAAAGUGCGUGAAGCAUGUUCCCACCGUGCAUUUGCCAAACUUGCUCUAUAUAUUCUGCAGCCAUUCAUAAAAUAUGAAUGGGUGCUGGGCACACCUUGUUAACUGUACAGAAACCGCCGUAGGUUGCGAAUGAGAUUGGUGGCUAUCUCCCAUGAAUCAUCC